AUGGGAAAGCAACGGAACGAGCUCGCUCUAGACGAAAAAGUCGAAGUUAUCAAGCAAGUGAAUCGGGGGGAGAGCCAGAGAGAAAUCGCCUCGGAGUUCGGCGUGAGUAAGUCCCAAGUACAAAGGAUAGCGAAGGACCAAAAAGCUUUUCUGGAAGAAUGGGAAAGUUUUUCUUCCGAAAAGGGCAGGAGAAGACGUCAGAAAGCUAGAAACCAAGACUUCGAUGACGAGGUCAUGCGUUGGUUCCGGAGUGUGACGGAAAAACGGAUCCCGGUAACUGGGGUGAUGAUUCAGGAGAAAGCCAAGUCCUUGGCCCGCGAAACAGGGGUCGCGGAGUUUUCGGCGAGUAACGGAUGGCUCGAUAGCUUCCGAAAGCGACGCAACAUUGUUUUCAAAUCUCUGUGCGGUGAAUCUGGGGACGUUGAUCAAACAGUCGUGAGUGAUUGGUUGAAGCGAUUGCCUGAUCUGAUCAAAGAGUACGAGGUGAAGGACAUCUUCAACAUGGAUGAGACCGGCCUCUUCUUCAGAUCCCUUCCUAACAAGUCUCUCGUCGAAAAAGGAAAACAAUGCCGCGGCGGUAAAAUGGCAAAAGAAAGGCUGUCAAUCGCACUCUGCUGCAGCGCCGUAGGAGAAAAAAUUCAACCGUUGGUCAUAUGGAAGGCCCUGAGAACUGACGCUGGCAGAUGUCACAGCUUUUGA